UCACUGGAGGAUCAGAUUAUUGCUGCCAAUCCCCUGCUGGAGGCCUAUGGUAACGCCAAAACUGUGAGGAAUGACAACUCUUCUCGUUUUGGUAAAUUCAUCAGAAUCCAUUUCGGCACAACUGGCAAACUGGCUAGUGCUGAUAUUGAGACAUAUCUGCUGGAGAAGUCUAGAGUGACAUUCCAGCUUCCUGAUGAAAGAGGCUACCACAUCUUCUACCAGAUGAUGACCAACCACAAACCCGAGCUGAUUGAAUUGUCACUCAUCACAACCAACCCCUACGACUUCCCCAUGUGCAGCCAGGGUCAGAUCACUGUGGCCAGCAUUGAUGACAAAGUUGAGCUGGAAGCCACUGAUAACGCUAUUGAUAUCCUGGGCUUCAGUAAUGAAGAGAAGAUGAGCAUCUACAAGAUGACUGGUGCUGUGCUUCACCAUGGCAACAUGAAGUUCAAGCAGAAGCAGCGUGAGGAGCAGGCUGAGCCUGAUGGCACAGAGGAUGCUGACAAGGUUGCUUACUUGCUGGGUCUGAACUCUGCUGACAUGCUGAAGGCUCUGUGCUAUCCCAGAGUGAAGGUCGGAAAUGAGUUUGUCACCAAGGGACAGACUGUACCUCAGGUGAUGAACGCAGUGCCUGCGCUGGCCAAGUCUAUCUAUGAGAGGAUGUUCUUGUGGAUGGUCAUCCGCAUCAACCAGAUGUUGGACACUAAACAGUCAAGGCAGUACUUCAUUGGUGUCCUGGAUAUUGCUGGCUUUGAAAUCUUUGAUUACAACAGCAUGGAGCAGCUGUGCAUCAACUUCACCAAUGAGAAACUGCAACAGUUCUUCAACCACCACAUGUUUGUCCUGGAGCAAGAGGAGUACAAGAAGGAGGGUAUUAUCUGGGAGUUCAUUGACUUCGGCAUGGACUUGGCUGCCUGCAUUGAGCUGAUUGAAAAGCCCAUGGGCAUCUUCUCCAUCCUUGAAGAGGAGUGCAUGUUCCCCAAGGCCACAGACACUUCCUUCAAGAAUAAGCUUUAUGACCAGCAUCUUGGCAAAAACAAAGCAUUUGAGAAACCAAAGCCCGCCAAAGGCAAGGCUGAGGCCCACUUCUCCCUGGUGCACUAUGCUGGUACCGUGGACUACAAUAUCAAUGGCUGGCUGGACAAGAACAAGGAUCCACUGAAUGAUUCUGUUGUGCAGCUGUACCAGAAGUCCUCAGUUAAACUGCUGCCUGUUCUGUAUCCUCCUGUUGUUGAAGAGACCGGUGGCGCCAAGAAGGGAGGCAAGAAGAAGGGUGGUUCUAUGCAGACUGUGUCUUCACAGUUCAGGGAGAACUUGGGCAAGCUGAUGACUAACUUGAGGAGCACCCAUCCUCACUUUGUGCGCUGCCUGAUUCCCAAUGAGUCAAAGACUCCAGGUCUGAUGGAGAACUUCCUGGUCAUCCACCAGCUCAGGUGUAACGGUGUGCUGGAGGGUAUCAGAAUCUGCAGAAAAGGUUUCCCCAGCAGAAUCCUCUAUGGUGACUUCAAGCAGAGGUACAAGGUGCUCAAUGCCAGUGUCAUUCCUGAGGGCCAGUUCAUUGAUAACAAGAAGGCUUCAGAGAAGCUGCUU